AAUACCACCCAGCUUGAUUUUUAUGCUUCGAGGUGGUGGAGAAGGCUGAGCUAAGUUUCAUUGAGGUUUUGAUAAUGGCUAACCCCAGAGGCUUUUCUGUUCGCACGCCAGCUCAUGAGAUUAGAAAGAAGAGAGCGGGUGGGCAGAGAAACAAAGAGGAGCUUGAAAAAGAGGUCUCUUUGCUUCAAACAGUGUUAAAUCAAGAAGAGAAAGUACAUGAGGUUUUGGAAUACGCCUACAAUCGAAAAAGUUCGGAGUCUGCUUCUGCUAUUCAAAUUCCAACAUUUAUUCCACAGAAGGCAAAGGAACUCUUAGCAGAGUUGGCUAUGGUCGAAGGGGAAAUUUCUCGACUCGAAGACCAAAUCAGAAAACUUAAACUAGGACUUAAACAGGAAGAACAAGCUACUAAGGAAUCUAAGGCUCGACAAGGGCAACAUGAUGAAAAACUAAGCCUCACAAAGAGAGGUGUUCAUCAUGACAGCAAAGGAUACGAAACCAAGGCAUUGCAUUUCAUAAGUAAAGCUAUAAAAGGUGAUUAUGAUCUACAUAAUGAGCACAGUUUAACUCAGAAAAUGGAAAACUUGAGACAUUUUUCUGAUCAGAAAGAAAAUUCGUUCUAUGAGGAUGUUAGAGUUCAGUCUAAGGUUCCACGUAAAGGUGGAUUCAUAAGUGCACCCUCACCCUCACCCUUGCGAGCUUCAAGACAUACAUCAGUACCAAAGCUGAGAGAAGUGAAACAAGUCAUUUCUUCAGAUCAUCUUCCACCAAAAACUGUACCAAUUUUAACACAACAAGAAGAGAACAACCAGACUUGGCAACCAAACAAGCUCUCAGAGGAAAUUUUGAAGUGUCUGAACCUCAUUUAUGUUAGGCUGCUUAGAACAACCAGAACAAUGGAAUUAGAAAAAUCAGGCCCAAUUUCAAGGUCUUUGCACUCUUCUUCUGUUGUAACCUCAAGAAGCUUCAGGGAUGAUAGCAGCCUAAAUCCCAAGUCAAGCCUUCUGUUACAGAAGGAAUCAAGGCAACAAGACCCUUAUGGCAUCUUCAAUGUCGAAGACUCUAUUCCUAGGGAUAUUGGUCCUUACAAGAACUUGGUUGUUUUUACCUCAAUUUCUAUGGACCCUAGAUCUAUUUCAGCAUCCAACUCCAUUCCUUUACUGAAGAAGUUGAGGGUAUUGCUGAACAAUCUCCUGACUCUGGAUUUGGGGUCCUUGACAUACCAGCAGAAGUUAGCAUUCUGGAUCAACAUGUACAAUGCUUGUAUCAUGAAUGGCUUUCUCGAAUUUGGCGCGCAUUCUUCCGCAGACAAGCUAAUCACAUUUCUGAACAAGGCGACACUGAAUAUAGGUGGUAAGAUUUUAAAUGCUCAAUCUAUUGAGCAGCAUAUACUGAGGAAACCAGCACCUGCAGCUCCAUUGAAAGAGGCUUUGCAGAAGGAUGAGAACGAUGAUACAGGCACUGUUCGCCAACUCUAUGGUCUUCAGUCCAUGGAUCCUAAUGUCACAUUUGCUCUGUGUUGUGGAACUCGUUCUUCUCCAGCGGUGAAGAUAUACACAGCUGAUAGUGUCGUAGCAGAGCUGGAGAAAUCAAAGUUGGAGUACUUGCAAGCAUCAAUUGUAGUGACCAGCACAAAGAAAAUAGCAUUGCCAGAACUGUUGCUCGGAAACAUGCUCGAUUUUGCUGUAGAUGUGGACUCACUGGUUCAGUGGGUGUGCCACCAGUUGCCCACGUCUGGAACAUUGAGAAAAUCUAUGGUGGAAUGCUUCAGAGGACAUAGCAGUGGCAAGAUUUCUACCACUGUUGAGAAAAUGCCAUACGAUUUUGAGUUUCAUUAUCUAUUGGCCAUGUGAUCAAAGUCUAUUCUUGAUGUGGAUUUAACCAUAAAGAAUGCAUAGUGUGCAUUAUGAAUAAGGAGCGGUUGGUCCAUGUGUAUAUAUGAUAACGUGAAAUCUUGUGAUUUUUGAUUCAGAUACAAAACCAGCAAGCAUUGUCUG